UCUCUCAUAUGGUUGUGGAGUGAAAUUUAGUUCAUUUCUUAGGUGAAGUGCGGCGUUUUUUUCCGGUGAAGUUCAGCUUGGGUGUUUCUCGGCGAAGCUAUGUUGAAAAAACUGAUCUAGGGAGAUGGACUUCGAUUUGAAUAUACCCGUAGGCCUUGAUGAUUUUGGCGAUUCUUUGAGUGGCAAUUCAAAUUUUGGUGAAUUUGGUAGUUUAUUUUCAGGUGGUGAGACUGAUGAAUCAGUAGAAAGUUAUUCAGCAGAAAGUGUGGAUUUGGAUAGCAUUUUGAAUGGAAAGAGAGGUGAUGGAAAUGCUGAAGAGGUUGGGGAUGUAAACAGUGGCGAGAAGUCAUUGACGUUGCCGGAAGUGGAAGCUAUGAUUAGAGUUGGAUGUGCUAUUGACACUUUAGAUGAAGUAUUUGUGUUAUAUGCAACCUAUGCACGGAUGAUUGGGUUUUCUGCUAGGGUUGGAAGUAAUGGCUAUUUCAACGACCGAAAGACUGUUUCUUCGAAGGCUUAUCAUUGUUCAUGUGAGGGGCAUCCCGAUAAGAAGGCGUCGACUAGUAGAAUAGCUGCAUUUAAAAAGCACAGUUACCGGAGCAACUGUAAAGCUAGGCUACGUGUUAGUCGGGCAGAUGUGGAUUCGCCUUGGGUGGUAACUGUAUUUUUCAAAGAGCAUAACCAUGAGCUUGCCCAUCCCAGCGAAAGCUAUUUGUUGCGAUCUGCUAGGAAAAUUGAACAUUCACAGAAAACUUUGUUAAUGGCGAUGAAGUCGAGUGGCAUUGGUGUAAGCCGUGCUUAUCGUUUCUUGGAGAAAGAAGCUGGGAAUCGAGAAAAUAUUGGUUUCACACGCAAGGAUGUUUAUAAUGAACUGAACCGCGAAUCAGCGGCAAUGGCGAAAUCUACAAAUGGCGAUGUGAACAAGUUGAUGGAGUAUUUAACUGAGAAAGGAUUGGGGGACCCUGCGUUUUAUUGGAAGGUAAAGGUGAGCGAUGAUGGUAGGCUUCAAAACCUUUUUUUUCGGGAUAGUAGAUGCCUUGUUGAUUACCAACACUUUGGUGAUGUGAUUUCUGUGGAUGCUACGUAUAAAACUAACAAGUAUGAUUUGAUUUGUGUUCCCAUUGUUGGAAUAAAUCAUCAUCGGAUGAAUGUUAUGUUUGGCAUUGCAUUUUUAUGCAACGAGAAAACCGAAUCGUACGAGUGGUUAUUUGCCACAUUUCUUGAGUCUAUGUACAAUAAAGAGCCCUCUAUUAUUUUCUCCGAUCAAGACCAAGCUCUUAUGAAUGGUGUCGACGUUACCUUUCGUGAUGCAAAGCAUAGACUUUGUCAAUGGCAUAUAAACAAGAAUGCCGGGAAGCAAUUCGGUAGGCUUAACCAUGAUAAACAUUUCAAAAGCUUGUGGUACCGAUGCAUGAAUGGUUGUGAGAAUGAUGAAGAGUUUGAAUCCUCUUGGACAACUAUGAUGGAAGACUUCAACUUAGUGGGUAAUAGAUGGUUUAGCGGCAUGUAUAAGUUAAAAAAGCGAUGGUCAUCCGCUUUCACGAGAGAUAGAUUUACCGGUGGAUUACAUGCAACAUCUCGGAGUGAAGCGACGAACAAGGUUCUUAAGGAGUUGUGUCGUUCCACUACUAGUGUCCAUGAAUUUGUCGUCGGGUUUGAGAGAUUGCAGAGAAAUUGGCGCACACAAGAAUUUGAGGAGGAUGCUCUUUGUCGGGGAAUGCCGGGUAUGUUCAUACAAAAUGCGAAAAUUCUUUUUCAAAUUGGGGAGGUAUGUACUCGAAAUAUUUUCAAGUUAUUUGAGUACGAAGCUUUGUAUUCGGUUUCUCUUAAAGUGAGUCAAGAACCUAUCGAUUUGAAUGAUGAACUUUUGGAGUUCAAGGUGUGUUCAUCUACGGCUUUUAAAGGGUACCGCGUUGUCAAUUUUAACCAAACAACGAAGAUGGGGUCAUGUUCUUGUUGUAUGUGGGAGACGGAAGGUAUUAUUUGUCGACAUUUAUUUCGAGUUUAUUUCAAUAUGAACUUGGAUAAAGUGCCCGAUCAAAUGUUGCUUACUAGGUGGCGCAGGGUGUCGAAGGAACGAGUGCCUUUAAGUAAGCGAUCUAUUGAUUGUUGUGGACCAAACAAAUUCACUCAUAUGGUCUUCGUCAAUCACAAUGCACAUCGUGUGUAUGAUUUGUUGACCGAGUGCAAAGAGGACAAGGCGUGUCGGGAUAUUAUCACUGAACGUAUAAGUAGUAUGAUAGCUGAAGUGAAAGGGAUGAGAAAAAAUAGUCAACCUACUGCCAAAGCCGGACCUUCUCGUUCAUCUUUGAAAGAGCCAUUGCAUAGGCCGGUGAACAACCCAACACCAUCGAAGAAACGUUCCUAUCGACGGAGGAUUGUAAGCAAAAAUUGGGAUGCUCGGCGUUCCGGCGCAGAGAAGAGAUCAAAGGCGACCGUUGACAUCAAUGAUUUCGUGGAUUCUGAGGACAUGCCUGAAUUCCUGAGUAACCAAUACAGUACCCAAAAUGAUCGUGUCAUGUCCGAUCGUUUUUCCGUUGAUUAG